UUUACUAAAAAUUUGGCGACGAUUGUACAAAGAAAUGAAUAUAACUGAAUAACAAUAAUCUUAAAUAAAAAAUAUCAUAAAGCCAUAAUAACUUGACAAGUUUAUGAUAAAAUAUGAAGCAAUUUUCUCUUCUUAACUGAUGUCAAACAAACAAUUAUUAUCUUUUAAGUGUAAUUUUAUGCAUGAAUGUAUCAAAAUGAACUAUUGUCCAGCCGAAAUCAUGCAUCAAGCUGUACAAAAAUCACAGCUUGAAAACAACUUUGGCAACAACUUUGUGAUGAAUCAUCCACCCAUUUUCUUUCCAUAACAGAACAUAAAAUCGUAGACAUCUAUAGUUUUAGAAAGCAAGACAUGUUUUGAGAAAAUAAAAACCCGAGGAAGUCAUCUUGUCAAAGACAUUCAAGAAUCGAUAAACAGAUGGAAGAUAUAUAUAAAAAAAUGGAAACAUUAUUUCAUUAAAUAGAAAUACGAACAUACAAUGUAAACUUGGUCAGUAAAUUAUAAAAGUCUUCAACAAUGGCUACAAAUGACUCGUAUGGUGGAUAUGAACAGGAGAGAUUUGCCGAUAAAGUUCAUCCAAGAUUUGAAUGUCCUAUAUGUUUUAAAAUAUUUAAGGAUCCUGUUCAAUGUCCAAAUCAGCAUCAUUUCUGUCGUUCUUGCAUCGAAAGAUGUUUACUUUCUUCUAAUAAAUGUCCUCAAUGUAAUUGUAAAAUCACGUCGGAGACAUUACAGGAUGUACCUAGAAUUGUCACCGAAAUGUUAGAAGAUCUUGAUAUUCGCUGUAAGAAUGUUAACCGUGGUUGUCCUGAAAUUAUGAAGCUUCAAUUUCUCGAACGUCAUGAGAAGAACUGUGGUUAUUCACCUACACCUUGCAGAAAUAAAGGUUGUAACGAAGUCCUUAAUAAAACGAAAUUGAAGAACAUGAAAGAGAACGAUGUGAGUUCCGUCUCAUCGAUUGUGAAGAAUGCAAAAUGAUGCUUGUGUUCAGAUACAGACGAUCUCAUUCAUGUUUCUUGAAGAAAGAGAUUGACGAUUUGAC